AUGAGGAUCUUGAGUUGGAAUUGCAGAGGUUUGGGCAAGUCCUCUGCAAUUCUUCAAUGCCAAAAACUAGCCCAAGUAUAUAAACCUGACAUCUUAUUCCUUAUGGAAACAAAAUUAGUAGAAGGCAAAGGCAAAGAUGUGUGGCUUAGAUGUGGUUUCUCUGAUGGAUGGGAAGUUCUUAGAGUGGGCCUUAGUGGGGGUUUGAUUUUAGCUUGGAUGACCAGACAUAGUCUUCAAAUCAAUUUUGUUUCAAAUCAUCUGAUUCAUAUUGAUCUUUUGGAUAAUAAGGGUAACCCUGUAUCCAUUACUUUUGUCUAUGGACACCCUGAUCAUGCUCGAAGGGAGGAGGUUUUAAACAAGGAGGAAAAUUUUUCAUUCACUCAAGGUAGUAUUGUUGGUGUAGAGUUGUUUCAACAAGUUAUCUCAAAUCUUCAAUUGUGUGAUCUGGCUGCUUCUAGUCAAAAAUACACUUGGACAAAUAACAGAGAAGAGAAUGAGUUUGUGAUGGAAAGACUUGAUAAAGCUUUUGCCACUGUGGAGUGGGUCAAUAUGUACCCUCUUUAUUCCCUUAGAAAUCUUCCAAUAAUUAGAUCGGAUCAUGGCCCAAUUCUUUUGGAUUUUGAACACCAAACCCCCUUUAGAGCUAGACCUUUUAGAUUUGAACUUAUGUGGACUACUCAUCCCAAUUGCAAGAGCAUGAUCCAACAAGCCUGGGCUGUUAAUUCUACAGGAUCUAAAGCUGCUCAAUUAAGGUGUAAACUCUUAAAUGUCAAAAGAACAGUAGUUGAAUGGAAUAAAUCUGUGUUUGGGAAGGUAGAGAGGGAAAUUAAGAUAAAGCAGGCUCAAUUGCAACAAGUUCAAAACUCCUUAUGCUCUAUUGAGGAUGCUAGGAAGGAAAGGUUUAUCAGAAGUGAACUGGAAGACCUUAUGAAUAGGGAAGAGCUGAAGUGGGCUCAAAAGGCUAGAAUUAAAUGGAUCUUGCAAGGUGAUAGGAAUACCAAGUACUUUCAGACUGUUGUAAAACAAAGAAGAGCUAAAAAUAGGAUUUUACAAAUCAAAGAUUCUGCAGGGAACAUAACAGAUAAUUUGAUGGAAAUUGAGAGUAUUUUAGUUAGACACUUUAAAAGUUGUUUUGACAAUACAAAUCAGUCCAACUUUCUUAGUAUUGUGCAGGAUUUGCAGUCCUUGUCUAUCCCUUCUCUGUCUAACCAGCAUAGAAGCCUUCUCAAUUCACCACUGACUCCUUCUGAGAUUGAGGACACUGUCUUCCAACUUGGUCCGCACAAAGCACCUGGUCCAGAUGGUCUUCCUGCUUUUUUCUUUCAAGAAUAUUGGAAUAUUGUUAAGUGGGAUAUCAUUAACACUGUCCAAGCUUUCUUUCAUUCAGGAUCUCUCUUUAAACCUCUUAAUCAUACCUUUAUUACCCUCAUUCCCAAGGUCCCAUUCCCUGAUGAAGUCUCUCACUUUAGGCCUAUUAGUCUUUGUAAUGUUAUUUACAAAGUCAUAUCCAAGAUCCUAGUGAAUAGACUCAAACCAUUUAUGGACAGCCUCAUAACACCCUAUCAAAAUGCUUUCAUUAAAGGACAAAACAUUACUGAUAAUAUUCUCAUUGCUCAUGAGAUACUUGAUGCUCUCAGGAAGAAAAGCAAGCUUUGGAGUCCUUAA